AUGAGCGUCUCGCUAAAGUUCAGGAGGAAUCAGGACAAGUCGACAACACUGUCAGAUGAGUUUUGGUCCGAGUUCCUUGGCGUAUUAAAGGACCGCAAACGACCUUCCGCCGCGUUGGAGAAGCAACUGCGAUCCCAGAUAUCUAGCUUCGAUCGGACAAAACGAAAUGCUGACGAAGUGACAGUCGCAUUGACGUCGCCGUUUUCAGAUGGUUCUGUUAGCAAAGCGUUCAAGUUUGUGCGAUUUUUCGAUCUCGCAAUCGCAUCAAAACUGAUGAGCGCAAGUGCCUUCUAUCGCCAACUGCCACCGUUGGCUACAUCUUGGGAAAUCCCGCUGGUCGGAAUGGAUAAUUGGAAUAAGGUAUUGUGCUAUUUGGAUUCGCUGCUCUUUGCCCUCUUUGCGCGCAUGGAGUCGUUUGACCAUUUGGUGGUGCCGAGGGCAUUAGACGAGAGAAUGACACCUGCUUUGGCUCACCAAGUCGCUGAACUCCGUACUUUGCUCCGUUUUGUUGUGAAUUUGCUACGAGCUGGUGAGCAGGUCACUACUGACGUAAUGCAGAUGCUCUGCCUACAAUUGUCCCGUCUGGGGUGCGAUUUCUGCGUCAGUGGUAAGCAACAGGACUCUCUAGUAAUGUUUGAGUCGUUGAUGGAGUGUCUGGGAUUGCCCCUUCUCACGUUAAAAAUUGACAUUAUACAUCGCGGAAAAUUCAACUUGAAUGAUGACCUGCGGUUCAUAAAUGAGCGAUGUCUUCUGAUUAGUGUUCCUGAAUCAUCGAAAGAACCAGAGUCAGCCGAUGACCCAGUCUCGCUCGAGGAAUGUUUGAAUUCGUACUUUAACAACAGCAUCACAGUCAAGCGUCACAUUGACAGACGAAGGACCAUAGACUCGGUCCGCAGACCAGAUUUGAGCGAGUAUGCGGAACAAGCUGAACCAGAGGAAAAGGAAAUGGCACAUUACGAGGGAUUGGUGGUGGAAAGGAUUGCUUCUCAUGAUACGCUGAACGGGGUUUUCUCCAAUGAUUCCACUAUUCGGUCUGAAGUAUCGGCUGAAAGUUCGGCGCAGUCUCGACUGAAGACGCAAAGACCUGAAAAUGGCUCCAUUUCAAAGGUCUCGGACAUUCUGGAACGGUCCAGAACACGUUCGUCUACCAUUGUUUCUGUACUCAACUCGGCCAGCCAUGGCCAACCCGCUUUGUCGCGGCGUGAGUCUAGCUUCUCGCAUGAGGUGAAUUUGCCAGCCUGGAUGUUUCUUCAGCUCUUGCCGUAUUAUCCCAACCCGGAUGUGGAGCUCAAGCCCAAUAACGAAGAGGCUUCCUAUGGCGGAACGGAUGAGGAUGUGGAUCCACUAACUUCUCCAUCCCCCAUUCCCAGUCGAUCCCGGCCUGUCGUCCCAAUUUGCCUGAAACGCUAUGUCUGGAGCACUGGUGGACACAAAAUCAAGCGCAAGGUGGUGAUACCACCGUUCAUUAAACAUCCCUACUUCAUCUCGGAAGACAACUCCCAGGAUGGGGUGGUCAACUUCAAGCGCGACGAUUCACUCAACGCUCCUUGUGGCUCAUUCAUGCUCGUUCUAGAGAGUUGUGUAUGUCACAGAGGCAGUUCCGUGAAUUCGGGUCAUUAUGUGGCUCUUUCGCGAAAGCAUCCGUUCCAUCGUGACCAGCUGAGACAACCCCAGGACGACGAACCAUGGUUACUUUUCAACGAUAUGGAAAAGGGCCGUGAAAAGGUUAAGGAGCUUUCUUUUAAAGAUGCAAUGGACUCGGAGUUUCCAUAUCUGCUAUUCUAUCGAAUUGUGGAUUUAGACCUGUCGGAUGCGGAUCUGUCGGAUGAUCGUCCAACCAUCAAGGUGAGUGCUCCCAAUGGCUCAAAGGAACGAUUCUGGACUGAGUCUGAUGAUUCAGGCCGUACUCCUAGGAAGGGCUCGUAUUUCAGUGAGAUCUCGAUAACCAGUGUCUCAACUGCUGCUGCGUCUGCGCCAGCAUCUGCUGAACUGCCUUCGGUUGAAGACAGACUGAAUUCUCAUCGCCGACACCUCCAUCCUCAUUUUCUGAGCGGAUCCCUCUCGAGAUCGGUAUCGCGGACUCGAAAACGUGAAGAAGAGAGAAUUGAGAAGAAGGCAGAUCCUCUUUUUGGAGAUAAAGCGUAUGUCGACCCCUCAGAUAUGUACUAUUUCUAUACGCUUGACAAUGGUGAGUUGGCGAAGUCGGCAGAUGAUUUGAGACCACUGCAGUUGACCCAGUCAAGAUCGAGCAAACCUCCUGUUUCGUCAUCGGGAAGCACUGAGGAAACUAGUUUUACCGAGAAAGUUAACCAGGAGCUGGUACGCUUGGUUGAGGCGGAGAAGACUGGUAGUACUGUGGUGCCAACCCUUACGGGGGAUGAUGUGAACGAGCCGGAAUCUGCUGCUUCUGAAACAUCGACUACUGAAACAUCGGCUACUGAAAACAAGCCUACUGACAAUAAGCCUACUCCAGACCCAACCCCAUUUUCACCUCCCCAGACCAAAAGUGCACCACUCCCUUUCCCUCAACCGCAUUUGCAUCAUCUAACGCAACCCAAAAGACCCGGAACCAUGUCGAUUCCAAUACUUUCGCCUGCCACUUCUGCAUCCCCUUCAGAUACACAGGCUGCUUCGAUCGCCAGUUAUAAAACAAUUGGUGCUUUGCCAUCCGCCGCCCGGCAGAGUAAAAAUAGACUCGUGACGAAGAGCUCCAAAAAACACCGGAGGAAGCACGGUGAUUGCAUCAUCGCAUAA